AAGCAAAUCAUUCACCAUGGGUAAAGUUCACGGAUCUCUUGCCCGUGCCGGCAAGGUCAAGUCUCAGACUCCUAAGGUUGAGAAGCAGGAGAAGACCAAGGUCCCCAAGGGCCGUGCUCUUAAGCGCCUCAAGUACACCCGACGAUUCGUCAACGUUACCAUGACUGGUGGCAAGCGGAAGAUGAACCCCAAUCCCGGCUCUUAAACGACUGGUUACCUAGGACAGGAUUUGAGGUAUUGGGAGGUUGGCUUGCAGAAACCGUUCACCGAUGGUUGCUUCACUCAGCAAUGGGAAGAUGGAUUAGGUCGGGUCGCACGAUAUAGGCUGAGCCCCUUGCACAAAAUCAAAAAGGAAUGGCGAAGAAGCACUACGACUCUACUCGGCGUCCGGUGUCGGUUGUCAAUACAACAAACAUUUGUUCGCGCCC